UCGCUCGCGUUAGAUUCCACACGGCUCCAGGCUACGGAGAUGGGUAAGAAGAACAGCAAGCUCAAGCAGGAUACCAUCGAUCGUCUCACCACCGACACGUACUUCACCGAGAAGGAAAUUCGUCAAUGGCACAAAGGAUUCCUGAAGGAUUGCCCCGAUGGAUUAUUAACAGAACAGGGCUUCAUAAAGAUCUACAAGCAGUUUUUCCCCCAAGGUGACCCAUCAAAGUUCGCCUCUCUCGUCUUCAGAGUCUUCGAUGAGAACGCCGACGGCACGAUAGAGUUCGAGGAGUUCAUAAGAGCGCUCUCGGUGACGUCACGCGGUAACCUGGACGAAAAGCUUCACUGGGCCUUUCGUUUGUAUGACGUGGACAACGACGGCUUCAUCACGAGGGACGAGAUGUACAAUAUAGUCGACGCGAUAUAUCAGAUGGUCGGCCAACAGCCGCAAGCCGAGGACGAGAAUACUCCGCAGAAGAGGGUCGACAAAAUCUUCGAUCAGAUGGACAAGAACCACGACGACAAGCUCACACUCGAGGAAUUCCGGGAGGGUAGCAAGGCCGACCCGAGGAUCGUCCAGGCGCUAUCGCUGGGCGGCGAGUAA